UUCAACUCAAAAACAGGACUCCCACCGGAAAGGUAUCUACAUGACUGCCUUGUAAAGAAAGGAACGAUUUAUUUUGGGACAUCUGGAAAUUAGCUCCACUAUCAAUCGGAGGAUUAAGGAAUGGCCGUAAUUAAAGGCAUAGUUUGGAAGCUAUGCAUCUCACACUAGAGUCUACCGGUAGCCAUAGUUUCGAGAGAGGGAAAACGCCGCCGCGAGAUCGUUCGUUAGAAUGACUGAUGCUCGCAAGCCGCGAAAAUGUCAGAUUAUUAUGCUCGAUGAGCGGCGUCUAGAUCUUCUAGUACAGCCCCGGUUGAUGUCCUGUGAUUUACUAGAUAUGGUUGCCUCGCAAGUCGGCCUCCAUGAGAAGGAAUAUUUUGGUCUUUCAUACACCGAUGAGACGAGUCACCAGACCUGGUUAAGACUUGACAGAAAAGUUCUAGAUCAUGAUCUUCCAAGAUAUCAAGACCCUUUCCUUUUAGUGUUUUGUGUUAGGUUUUUUGUCCCUAAUAUUUUGAUUUUGAAAGAAACAAGUACUGUAGAACUCUUUUUCCUUCAAGCACGCAUUCUUAUCUUUAAGGGUACAAUCCAGUGUGAUAGUGAAACUGUUUUUGAAUUAGCUGCCCUUGCUCUUCACGCAAACAGUGGGGACUACACAAGUGAUGAAGCUGCAAGAGCAGAUCUCAGGAAAUUACCAGUUCUUCCUACAAGAACACUUAAAGAGCGACCUUCAAUUACAUUCUGUGAAGAUAAAGUGUUGGACUAUUACAAGAAAUCUGCUGGACAGACAAGAGGUGAAUCUGUUGUGAGGUAUCUGGUUAUUUUUCAAAGCUUGCCAACUUAUGGUGUUCAUUAUUAUGAAGUUAAGGACAAGAGCAAUAUACCAUGGUGGUUAGGACUCAGUCCGAAAGGAAUUGGUCUGUAUGAUCAUGGUGAUAAAAUUAAGCCUAGAAAGAUUUUUAUGUGGAGUCAGAUAGAGAACAUUUACUUCAGAGAUAGGAAGUUCUCCAUUGAGAUCAGAGAUUCCUACAGAUAUGAAUUUAAGGACAGUAAAACUAGGGUAAACACAAUCGGCCGCAAACAUAAUGGUGCUGGGAACAUGAUGGUCCAUGCCUGGUUUUCAAGCACAGGUGCAUUGGCAAAGACAAUGUGGUCGAUGGCUAUUAGUCAACACCAGUUUUACUUGGACAAGAAGCAAGUAGAGGCCAAAAUAACAUUGAGGAGAAGUCUUCGAGAUAUGGCACGUGAGCUAUCGCAGUCAACGGGUUCAUUACCUUCUUCCACGUCAGACAGUAUUAGGACGAAGAGUGACCAGUCACGCAGUAUGUCAAGUCUGACCAUGAAUGGAAGUGAGAAUUUAUCUUCGCUUCCCAAAGCCGCCGAGCGAGAGAUGUUAACAGCUCUGGCAGCGAGGAAAGAGGCUCUCCUGGAGAAACUUAAAGAAAGAACGGAAGAACUCAAAUCCUUGUGUAUGCAGGAAGCGGAAUUAACUGGCGAGUACCCCCUGGAGACACCCUAUACACCAGGGAGCCCCCUGCCGCCAAUCAGACGGAGGGUUGGAACUGCCUUUGAAUUUUCCGAGUUUAUUAUCAGCGGAGAAAAGGACGAGGACGAGGAAAUCAAGUCUAUGGCAAGAGAGAUUGAAAUUCAGUCACAGAUCACAACCGCCGCUCAGAAACUCGCCGAAGACCGCAGUGUAAACAAGAAUGUAAGAAAAACAAGAAAAUUAACGUAUCAAAAGUCACUGAGGAGGCUCAAAGACAUGGAAGGUAAUCUUGAAAGAUUAAAGAAGAGUCGAUCGGUUGUGGACAUCAACCACGAUGAGGAAGGUAACAGGACCGGAGAAGGUUUCUAUCACGUAAAUUCGACGUCCGACGGUCCCAACUAUUCCCAAACAGAACGACUCAGUCCUCAGCGCUACCGAACAAGUGUUAACCUUAGUGUUGGUAGCAAGGGAAGUACAGUCAGUGCGGAAAGUCUUCAUGAUAGAGACUCAAUCGAUAGGGGGUCCUACAGCGGACCCCCCUCCCCGGUGAUAUCACCGUAUAGAAAAACACCUACAAGCCCCACUGCAAGGGCUUAUCAUGGAUUCUCGGAGACGCGACGACAACACAGUCCGUUAGCCAACGGCCCCCGUGCGGGGCGAUUUUCUCCGCGGGGUGAAAACAACCGUUCGGUGCCAGCGUUUCAAUAUUCGGACAGUGACACUAGAAGUGACUCUUCCACGAAGCCAUCGUCGGUGAGUUCGUACGCGAACUCGGAAGACAACGGAGAUAACAUUGAACCUUACUGGCAUCAGCGGAGAAUAGGGAACUCUUGCGAGAGCCUGGACGAGAAUCACGUUCGAGGACCAAGUCCUCGGAUGUUUGUUAAUCGUUCUGCGGAACAGAGUUCAGAAAGUCUGAACAGUGACCAUGAAGGGAGUCCCUCUCCGUUUAGUCCUGUGCGCAAUCCUCGAUCAUUUUCGUUAAGCGCUCGCCCAUCAAACUUGAAAAUUCCAACAGUGAAGUAUUUAAACUCCAGUGAUUUGGGAAUAAUCAGUACUUCAGGUACUGCUGGGAGUUACUCUCUAAAUCACACUUCAAGAUUGUCUCCUAAUCUCGCCAGCAAAGGAUUUAUCUCCACCUCUCUGUCGAAAAUCGAUCGGCCUCCGCCUUCGUUGUCAAAUAUGAAUCUGAGAACAGCUAGAUCCCAGGUUAAUAUGUCAACGAUGCCUUAUCUGACAAGUCCAGGUUACUAUCGAAAAAAUCAAUUCUCAGAGUUGUCAAUAUAUGAGGAAGACCUGCUUGAAUGGAGAGCGAAUGAUGAGUCGGAAGCUACAUUAGUGUGAGAUCAACAAUGAAAAAUAAUCCAUUCUCCAUCGCCGAUUUCACGAAACAAACACAUCAGAUAGAGAAUCAAGCUGGUGAAACGGAGCAUCAGAUGGUACCAAAUCGAUGUAUUAUAGGAAAAUGAAGAGUUGUGAAGACCUCGUUGCACAUUUCAUCAAAUACGGUGGAUAGAAAACCGGGCUGGUUAAAUGCUAAACAAUAGCGAAUCAGAAGCUACGGUGAUACAAAAUCGAUAUAAUAUCGGGAAAAGAAACGUAAUCCUGUCGCACAUCUCCGACAGUUGUGGAACGAGCCUGGUGAAAUGGAGAAGGCUGGCAUGCUGAAUUAAAGUGAUACAAAAUCGAUAUUCCCCACUGAAAAGUGCGGCAGACAUACAAAAAUUUCGUAUUUUACGAGUUUCAUCUAAGGGCUGAUAAUUUUUACACGGUUUGUGUUCGAAACGUUUUUAAGGUGAUAGAAUUUUUGUACAACUUGACAAAAAUUAUAACCUAGGUCUGUUCUUGUUGGUACCCUUCACAGAUGUUUUCCUUUUACCAAGUUGCAGGAGUAAUUUUUAAAGUGGGUAUUAUUCUACAAAAUAGCAAGUGUUGUGGUAUAAAAGCGGGUUGGGGGAGGUUUAUUCUUAUCGUAAACGGACUAAAUCGAGAGAAAAUACUUUGAAAGGUGACAUUUGCAAUUUUUUUCUUUUUUGAUAAAAUUAAUCGUAAUGAUUUUUUUUUUUAUCCAUAUAUUCUUUGUAAGUAAUAUUACUGAAACAGUUUAUUUCAUUGGGUCCCUUAUAUUACAGCGUUUCAUAAUCGAGUGUCGAAGUAAACAGGAAUUCCUUUGGGCUACUUUCACAUGCUUUGAUUGGUAUAAAACACUUGUGACACUAUUGCAAACCGGCCACGUUUAUAUCCCGUCCUUUCAUAGCUUCCAUGUAUUUCUCUCCGUUCUUAUUGGCUCCUUUGUGUUUUCCACGACUGAAUGGUAAAUUUUUUUUUGUCAAGCGACACUCGAAAGUAUCUGUAUAGAAAUCAGGUCAUUUUUUAUCAGUCAUUUAUAUCCCUAUGGGAUAACGACCUGCUUUGUAGGUCACUUAUGGUAUUUAUUUGAAAUUAUUCAUGAAAUAUUCCACGUCAUAGAUUGGGUUACUGUAUUGAAUUUUGUGAGUGCUGUAAAGUAUGGAUAAAAGAAAAGAAAAGUUGUUAUUCGCAAGAGAACAUGUAGAUACUGAAUGAAGAUACUUAUCAUUUUAACUAAAGCAUUUUUUAAAACAAAAUAUACCAGUGUUAUUAUAUACACAAGAAUGUUUCAAUAAAUAGCAGAAUUAUAAACA